AUGAGCUCACACCAACUCGGUGUCAUGCUUCUUGUCAGCACAUUUUUCGCAGGUGUAUACUCCAGACACACAGACAACGAGAAAGAUGAUUUAAAGAAGAUAUGUGGACGACGAGGAGUGCCGGAUACCGUUUCUGAGCGAAUUAUUAAUGGUACCGAGGCGACUCCGGGCUUUUGGCCGUGGAUGGUGGCGCUGUAUACUGCAGACGACAAAUUCGUUUGUGGUGGCGUUCUAAUAAGCCGCCAGUUUGUUUUAACUGCUGCUCAUUGCUACUGGAACAAGGACACUCCAGGCUAUCUUUCAGUUCGCCUGGGAAGUACGAAAAGAACCAAUUCUACCGUACAUUGUCAACAAAACACAGGCAAAGAUGUCCAUCUGGAAAGAAGUGACACAACAGUCAUCCAUGAGGAUGUGGAAGAAAAGGUCAUUUGCAUGGAAGUGGAUUACGUCUGUGUACCCCUUCAGGACAACUGUACCCUUAUUAUGAAAGACUUUGCACUAUUGAAAUUAAAAGAACCGGUAAAUUUUACAAGGUAUAUUCAGCCCAUCUGCCUUCCUGAACACUGCGAAGAACCGCCAUCAAAUGCCAGUGGUGCGGGCUGGGGCCGAGUUUAUGACUAUUAUGAUGUGAAUGAAUCAUUAAACGAAACUAACGAAGACGUCAAAGAUACCUUAGAUUGUGAGAGUUCAGCAGAAGAAACGAAAGAUGCGUCAUCAUCGAAACUGGAGCGCUUUUUAAUACGUUCUCACCCAGAAACCUUGAUGGAAAGGAAUAUAUCCUUAAUUACUAACGAACAGUGCGAACGACAACUUGCCACAACUGUUCCAAAUUACAUUCUAUGCUCCAAUGGGGGAACAUGUUAUGGAGACAGCGGGGGACCUUUGAUGUACGAAAAAGAAGGACAAUGGUUUCUUGCGGCUAUUAAUUCUGUAGUCGAUGAUUGCUACAACCCUGUUGGACCAUCACUGCAUGUUAGGGUGUCACAUUUUGUUGGAGGGUUUAUUUUACCCCUCAUGCAAAAAUAUCAGGACUCGGAAUCAACGACACAAAAUUUAUGUAUGAAGGACGAGGCUCGAAAGAAAUGUGUAACUACAUUUUUUAACUCGUACAACGUGUCAAUGAUUUCGUAGUAGACGACGAAACUCGUGAAUUAAAACGGUAACAGGUUAUCAUAUACUCUUGUCAUGUAUCUUCAAUUCACUUCUAAUAAUGAACCUUUUCAGCAAGCGUUUGGGAACAAAUU